AAACAAUAUAUCUUCUCUACACGCAACUUUUCUCUCCCACUCGCUCUCGCUCUUUCUCGGCCUUUUGGAUCCUCGUGAGCAAACGGUGAAAUUCAACUCCUGAGCAUUUGCAAGUUGCGUUGAUCGGCUGUGUUGUGAAUGAACAAAAUUUAGAAGGAAGAAAGCUAAUUGCUAGCUCCUGAGAGAAAGUGGUUUUUUUUUUUUUUUCUUCUGUUGCUUAAAUUCCAUGGACAACGAAAUGAGAACUCGAGGCGAAGACUUAUUAAGUGCUGUCGUGCCCUUGAUGAAACUUUUGUGCCUCACAGUCAUAGGUCUUGUACUUGGCCAUCCACGAAUCCAAAUUGUUCCUCGGGCCACCUUUAGGCUCCUUAGCAAACUUGUCUUUGCUCUUUUCCUCCCUUGCCUCAUAUUUGUCCAACUUGGCCAAUCCAUCACCUUCGAAGAAGCCCUUGAAUGGUGGUUCAUCCCUGUCAAUGUGCUUAUUAGUACGGCCAUUGGCUGCACUCUCGGCUAUAUUGUUGCUAUCGUGUGCCGCCCCCCACCCCAAUUCUUCCGUUUCACUGUUAUCAUGACCGGAUUUGGCAACACUGGGAAUCUUCCGAUCGCCAUUGUUGGAUCUGUAUGUCAUAGCCCUGACAAUCUUUUCGGUCCUAGUUGUCACCGGAGAGGUGUGGCAUAUGUUUCUUUCGCCCAAUGGGUCGCUGUAAUUCUUGUCUACACCUUUGUAUACCACAUGAUGGAGCCUCCAAUGGCAUACUAUGAGAUUGUACCUGAGGAAGUUGAGAUCCAGGAGGAGCCAGUCACUCCCAGCAAUUUCAGUAGGCCUCUCCUUCAUGAAGCUGAGUGGCCUGGGAUGGCAGACAAGGAAACCGAACAUUCCAAGAGACCAUUCAUUGCCAGAGUCUUUAUGAGUAUUUCAGGCUCUUCUCAGAACACCUUCCCUGAUAUUGAUUUAACUGAAGAGGGAGGAGCCACCACAAGCUGUCAUAGUCCAAAGUCUAUUCACUGCUUGGCAGAACCAAAGGUUGUCCGAAGAAUGAGAAUUGUGGCAGAAGAAACUCCAAUCAAACACAUUCUUCAGCCCCCGACUCUCGCUUCCUUGCUAGCCAUCAUUGUCGGCAUGGUUCCAAUUUUCAGAGAUUUCAUGUUUGGCAGUGAUGCACCACUCGCUGUCUUAACAGACAGUUUAGAGAUCUUGGCCGGAGCAGUUGUUCCGUCAGUAAUGCUGAUUCUUGGAGGGAUGCUUGCCGAUGGUCCCAAUGAUUCAUCACUCGGCCUUAGAACAAUUAUUGGGAUCACUGUGACUAGGCUUUUGGUGCUACCUCUAGUGGGAAUCGGAGUGGUGGCAUUGGCUGAUAAAUUGCAUCUAUUGGGAGAGGCAGAUCAAAUGUUUCGGUUUGUACUUUUGUUGCAAUACACAAUGCCGAGUGCCAUUCUAUUGGGAGCAAUCGCGAGCUUGAGGGGAUAUGCUGUUCGUGAAGCAUCUGCACUCUUGUUCUGGCAGCAUAUAUGUGCAAUAAUCCCGCUUUCAAUUUAUGUAUUUGUUUACUUCAAGUUGCUCUCUUAUGUCUGAAGAUAACUCUAGUUUGAGUUUUCGGCCUUUUGGCUUGUAUGCCUGUGUUGGCAAUUGUGGCAUGCUCUUGCUACUACUGUACAUUUUUUUUUUUCGCAUUAUUAUUAUUAUUAUUAUUAUUAUUGCGUCGUAUUGUCUGUUGUGUACUUGUGAAUGCAGAUGAUCAAAUGUAAUGAACCCGUAUGCAGAUUAAUGUUCUGAAAAACAUGGGUCACUCAUGAGUGUGAAUAAAGCUGUUUUCUUUUAUC